ACAAACGUUUUCCUGAAGAUGCCGAGCUGAAGAGUGUGUGUGGCUGUGUGGCUGUGUGUGUGUGAGAGAGAGAGAGAGAGGUGUAUAUGUGUCGCUGUAUAUAUAUAUGUAUAUAUAUCCACGCCCGAGAUUCUGUGGACUACAGGAACUGUGUGGCUCGGAUUUCACACAUAUUUUGAAAUUCCUGAUCUUAUAGCGCUGACCGGAGCAGUGAAGCGGUCUUCAUCGCAGCAAUGGCCGUGCAAGCUAGCCUGCAGGCUUGGUUUGGAGAGAAGUUCGAGUCCCCGGUGCAGACCCCACGCUCACCUCUCACUUCACGUCACGGCCCUGGCCUCACAGACGUUUUCCAGUAUGACCAGUGGCUUGCUGUUCGACACGAAGCUACACUUUUCCCCAUGCAGGAAGACCUUGCCAUCUGGCUCACAGACCUCCUCGGUGAAGAGAUCAAGGCAGAGCACUUCAUGGAGGAGUUGAAUAACGGUGUCAAGCUGUGUCGACUUGCUGAAAUCCUGCAGAGCAAAAUUCCCAAGGACUGUCUCCUGGACAAGAGUCGGAGGUUUCCUAUGAAGAAAGUGGCAUUUAAGAAAACUGCUUCUCCAGGAUCAUUUUUCGCCCGGGACAACACGGCGAACUUCCUGUCCUGGUGCCGUCAAAUCGGAGUAGAUGAGACGUAUUUGUUCGAGUCAGAAGGCUUGGUUCUACACAAGAACCCUCGGCAAGUGUGCCUGUGUUUGUUGGAGCUUGGACGCAUUAUCUCCAAGUACGGAGUUGAACCCCCCGUAUUGGUGAAGCUGGAGAAGGAGAUUGAGUUGGAAGAAUCUCUGCUGAUGGCAGGGGAUCCUGCUCCUCCCAUCAAAACCUUUACCGUAUGCUGCCAACAUGGAGGCCUCCAUCAUGCUGACUCUGACUCAGAUGACCCACCCUGUAAUUGCUCACAGAGGUUUUCUAUCGAGUAUCUGGCAGAGGGACGUUACAGGCUGGGCGAAAAGAUCCUCUUCAUUCGGAUGCUGCAUGGGAAGCAUGUGAUGGUGCGUGUGGGUGGGGGAUGGGACACACUAAAGGGUUUCCUGAUGAAGAAUGACCCUGAUCGCGUGCUCCAGUUCACCACUCUUGAGCAGAAGAUUCUGGCAUUUCAGAAAGGCCUGUCCGUCCCAGACUCGGUCCUCAGCACACAGACCACCCAGCCGCCCACCAUGGACCCUCUCGCUGCCGUCAACCUUCUCUCAUCCUCCUCAACCUCUUCCUCCUCAACUUCUGUGCCACCCAGCAAACCUAGCACACCCGCCUCUGGCUCAGUUACACCACGAGGCGUGGCCCAGUCUCCAGUCUGCACCCCCUCCCUUUUAAGGAAAGCAGCAGCUCCGAAAAAGAAACUUCAAAUGCCCAGUGUCUCGCCUAAGACAACUGCGCUCUCCUCUAACACUACAAAAAAGGUUCCUUUACUCAAACCUUCACCACCAGUUUCCCAGAAAUCGCCUGUUGUCCUCUCCGACCGGAAGCAGCGCCCACGUGGCGCUCCCUCUCAGCCACGUAGUCCCGUGUGCCCAGAGCCCACCUGCAAACAAGCCAAGCCGUCUUCCACCCCGGUCAGAAGCGCUUCUUCUCAGCGAGAUGGCCGGCCACCUCGAGCGCCUCAUCACACUCGUCUCGCCCCGAGACGCCCCUCCUCCCCCGCAGCCGCACGUCUGCAAAUGGACACAAAAAAGGGCCGCCCCAUUUCUCCUCGACCAGCAGGCUUAGCAAGGACUCCUAAAGUGACCAAGCCCUCGGUAGCAAAGGUUUCACAAGAGCCCAAACCUCCAGUGGCAAAAACACAGCGAGAGGUCAGACCCUCCCCAGUUAAUAACAAACCCAGAGUUCAAAUCUCAACUCCAUCUUCCCAAGUAUCUAAAGUUUCUCACCCCUCCAGGACCAAAAACCCAGGAGGAACAUCUGCUACAGGGACCAGAGCUCCACAGACUGCUCAGACACCCAGCACAAAAUCCACACACACUACAGACAAAAAAGCCCAAACCAACAGCAACAGUAGCAAUAGGCCUCUGAAAACGAACUCUGCUCAGGUCAGAACGGUUAAACCAACACCCAGUGCAGCCCAAAAGAAACCAACAAACCGAACUGUGGCCUCUAAAAAAACAGAGGAGCCCUACUUUGAGAUGAGCAGUAAGAAGAAGAGGUGAACAUGCUGGCUGCUAACUUGGAGUGUUGUUUGUUUUUUUUUUUUCCCCCCUCUCUUUGGUGGUGGUGGUGGAGGUGGUGGGUUUGACUUUUUUUUUUUUCCCUUGGUGGAGCACUUUACGGUACAGGCCCAAGGCAUCAGCCUCAUGCUAUAACAGUUUUUUAACAGCAAUAUUUCUUUUCACAGAUGUGUGUGUUUAAAAUGUUUUACAUGUUUUCUAAUUUAUUGUGUUUAUUUUUAUUCAUGCCAUAAGGGUCAUAUGCAGAAAAAAAGGGUCAAGAGAUAAAGGCUCUGGUCUAUUUUAAGCAUAAACACUAAAUAUCACUUAACCUCAUUGUUUAACAGCAGAGAAAGUCGCGUGUUCUUAGCAGCGUAACUUUUACUCUAACCCUGAAUCGCAGUAAUCAAGGCAUUAAUUGAAACUGAGUAACACAUUAGCAUUCUAGAUGAAAUGACGCAUGUUAUAGAUUUAUACUGUUUAUGGGAAUAUCAUGGAAUAUCAUGGAUCAUUUUUCGUUAUGAUAUUCAGGAACACAUCUAUGUAUUCAUAUGUAUUAAGAGCAAUAUUAAUUAACGAUUUAAUAGUUCAUUACCUGUCUGAGGUCCCUCUUAGAAGUAGUAAUUCUGUGCUAACUGGAAUUUUUUUUAGCAUGAUGGAAUAUAAUCUAAACACAGAAGGCUCUUGGUCAGCCAGUUGCUUAGGCUUUUUUUUUUUUUUUUGUAAAUUAGGACCUACCUCCAGAAGCGCAUAGAAAUGACCAUGUGUACUGCUGAUUUCAUGAAGCUCAUACUGAUCAAAAUUAAUGUCAGAAUUACUGUUUUUUCUUUUUUAAAUUAUUAAUUAUUUACAGCACAAGCCAAACCUGACUUUUUUUCCCCCCUUUCCUUUCCUUUCCUUUCUAUUUGUUGUCCUGUGUCCGGGUGUGAAUGUUUGAUUCUUUUGAUUUAUAUAUAUAUACAUUUUUACAGCACUUUACAAGGAUUAUUUUAAAAUGUAGACUCUUUAAUGUCCUGUAAAUUGUGAGUAUACAUUCUUUGUCUAAUAAAAAUAUCCUUCAGUAA